AGAGAGAGAGAGAGAGAGAGAGAGAGAGAGAGAGAAAGAGAGAGAAGAUUCAAAGGAACAAAAGUGUUGCUUUUUUCUUCUCUGCAUUUUCCAUUUAUCCUGUCGUCUUUGACGCUUUUGUAAAAGCUAAAAAAGAAAAAAGAUGCCCAACGACGAAGACUAGAGAGAGAGAGACCCAAUUUUCUUUAUUCUUCUUCUUCUUCUUCUUCUUCUUCUUCCUCUAUUUCCUUUUCUCUUCCUGAGAAUCUCUGCUUCUGAGUCUUCAGAAUAUUAUCCAUAAAAAUCCUGAAACAAAAAAUGACGAAAGUGUGUCCUGAAAUCGAAGAAAGGACAUUACCAGAAUCAAGUCUUACAGUAUCAGUAGAUGUGAGCUUUGCUUCUAAUCAUUUUCCAACAUACAAAUUAGGACCUGAUAAUCAGAUCAUAGAGGAACCAAAGGAAGACGAAAAAGGUCCUUCAGUGAAAGAAACCGUCGAGAAAGAGAGCGAACUCUUGUCUGAUCAGCACAAGCGGCUAUCAGUCCGUGACCUCGCUAGUAAAUUUGACAAGAAUUUGGCUGCAGCUGUUAGUUUGGCUGAUGAGGCAAAAUUAAGAGAGGUGGCUUCUUUGGAGGGACAUGUAAUGUUGAAGAAGCUAAGGGAUGCUUUAGAAUACAUGAGAGGACGCACGGACGGGCAAAACAAGGAAGAUGUGGAGAAAGCCAUUUCCAUGGUAGAAGCUCUAGCUGUCAAGUUAACUCAGAAUGAAGGUGAACUAAUUCAAGAAAAGUUUGAAGUGAAGAAACUGGGAAACUUCCUCAAGCAGGCUUCAGAAGAUGCAAAGAAACUGGUCAACCAGGAAAAAUCAUUCGCUUGUGCUGAGAUCGAAACUGCAAGAGCCGUUGUGCUUAGACUUGGAGAGGCAUUUGAAGAACAGGAACAGAUUUCUGAAGCGUCUAGAGCUCAGGGACCGGAUGUGGAGAAAUUGGUCGAGGAGGUUCAAGAAGCUAGGAAAAUCAAACGUAUGCAUCACCCAACAAAGGUGAUGGGCAUGCAACAUGAGCUUCAUGGUUUAAGAAAUCGACUCCAAGAGAAGUAUAUGAAUUCUAUUAAAAUCCAUCAAGAGAUAGCAAUAAUCAAGAGAGCCGAGGAAUCCAAGUCCUGUCCAUUUGUUCUUGAAGGCAAACAAAGUCUCGGCUCUUGCUUAAGAAUCCGUGUCUUCUCAGAAAAUGCUCCAGAAAACGCUAUAGAUCUUUCCAACUGUUCAAUCCAGUGGUACCGUGCAGCAUGUGAAACUAGUCGAAGGGAAGCUAUAUCUGGUGCCAACCAAUCAGUAUAUGCUCCAGAACCAUUUGAUGUUGGAAGGAUCUUACAAGCAGACAUUCUUUCAAAUGGACAAAAAGUCACAGUUUCAACCGAUGGUCCAAUUGAUCCUGAUUCUGGCUUGCAAUCCCGCGUAGAAUCGCUGAUGAGGAAAUCUAAUUGUGAAUUCAGUGUGAUUAUAUCACAGAUGAAUGGACAAGACUAUGCAUCUCGAUCUCAUGUCUUUACCGUUGGAAAAACGAGGAUAAAGCUGUCUCGAGGAUGGAUCACAAAGGCGAGAGAAAUAUAUUCGACAUCUAUGCAGCUCUGUGGAGUUAGAGGCAAUAUCAAGGCUCCUGCCAAGGCGUUAUUCUGGCAACCAAGAAAGAGUCUAACUUUCAUACUAACAUUUGAGUCAGAACAAGAACGUAACGCAGCCAUAGCCCUUGCUCGAAAACACGCUUUCGAUUGCAAUGUUACACUGCUUGGGCCAGAUGAUUAAACAAAUGGUGAGCAAGACAUUGUCAUUAACCAACCGCCUGAUUUUUUUCCCGACGCCGGAUUUUGUUGUUCUGUGUGUUGUGUUGUUUUUUUUUCUCUUUCACACUGUGGUGUGGUUCAAGGAAGGAAGGUGCAAAGUUGGCUUCUCACUGAUCAUCCAUUGUUGCUUCAUAGUUUUAUUGUAGGCAGCAUACUUUUUUUUGUUGUUUCUUUCUUUUGCCUGAUCAUCAGUUUGAUAUGGUUGGCACUUCUGAUUUGUUUGGUUUGUUUGCUUGAUUUUCUGAUUUAGGACGCAACAUUGUUAUCAGCUUAUGAGUGUGAUAUCAGAAAUCCAGAGUUGUUUGUAACUAUUACAAGCUUAUGAGAAAAUUCCCAUUUCCAUUA